AUGGCCUGGAAGGAGGUUUUCACCUUCAGGAGGGUCUGCGCCUCGUUUGUGGCCGCCAAUGGCGUAGUAUUGUUCUCCAAUUAUCGCAAGCUACAGCUCGGCCGUCCGGAGUACAAGGAUGGUCCUCCGCCGGAAGAGAAGCACAGAAUCGCAAUAUUCGACAGCAUCGCACCCACCUACGACCUGAAAUACAAUGAUGUGCACAAGAAACUAGGGAUAACUGCCACCAAAACGAGCAUGCUGAAAUGCGCCAAGGGCGACGUCCUCGAGGUCGCAGCUGGCACACUGGAGAGCUUGAAGCUCUAUGGCGCCAUAGAGAGCCUCACGGCAGUCGACAAAAGCGUGAUGAUGUGCUUGGAGAUGAAGCGUAAAGUCGAAGAUGCUAAGCCCGACUUCCCUGUCACGAUUAUAUGCGGAGAUGCGUCGGAUCUCCCGUUCGAAAACGAGAGCUUCCACACCUUGGUCACAUCGCAUGCUCUCUGUUCUGUCGAGCACCCUGAGCGUUCCUUGGACGAAAUAGCCCGAGUGAUGAAACCCAGCGGGCGUUAUUUCGCACUGGAACGCGGCAAGGUCUACUACCGAUAUCUGCGUUCCGUACUGGAAUGGCUGAAGGUGUACCCCAAUCCGGGUGUCCCGUGGAAAUACGGCCACUUUGAGAACAGGGAUCCAAUCGAGCUUAAGGUUACCGACUCCGAGAUCUUCGGGUACGGGAUGAACUACGCCAUCGUUGCAAGGCGGCAGCACAGCGACAAGAUAACCGAAUUCGCAAAUGACCCUACCCCGAGAGAGGGCGCGAAGAUCGUAUACCAGUAUUUCCCGCACACGCUGUAA